AUGUUUGACUGAAGUUAUUUUCAAAUCAUUUUUUGUGAAAAAUGGUGUAAAAUUUAAAAAUUACAUAUUAAAAAAACUACAUCAAAUGAUCUACAAAACUAGAUGUGACAUGACUAUAUUAUUUAAUUUUAUCAAAUGAGUGACGAAAAUAAGCCAACAAAGUGAAUAAAGUUUGACCAUGUGAAUAGUGAACGGGAAGUUUAUUUGUGGACGGAGGAUUACAAUAUUUUUCCUCCAUUGCACUAGAACAUCUUCUCCGGUUACCUGAUGCUGGAUUCUUCUGAGACGCGUUCAUUUCCUUCCGAGCCCCCUCACAUUGGCGACUGGUUUUCGAGCUAUGUUUAUCGGUCUCCUUCGCCGAGUGGCAUCAAUGAAUUGUUUUGCUACUCCGGCGAGGGAGGGGCUGAGAAAGAAGAUGCGUUUGUUAAAAGCAGGGAUUCCGGGAGCGAGACUUGUUUGUCUUCUGGUGAAAAUGCAGUUUCUGAUGGAGAAAACGAACGCGCCAUUGAGCUUCUGAGAUCAUCAAAGUACUCAGCACUUUCUCCGGUUCAGCCAGAGUCUUCAGAUGUCAAAUAUGAUUUCUAUAGCUAUGUACCUGAAACUCCAAUGUCUGAUGAGAAUGGUGAUUUCAGUGUUCCACUAUCAAACAAAACCAAUGACUUGAGAGAAACUGGCAACUCCCAUGGCAGUUAUGAAAGAGAUGUAAGACUUGGAGGAACUGAUGGUUUGUGUGUGAAGGGCCUUGUUAGGUGUAAUACCUCUGUUGAUACCCUGAACUGUUCAAACCAGGUUAUAAGACCUUCAGAUUACCUUUCACCUUCUGAUUCUGUAGAUGUUAAUGUCCCUUUAGAUAGCUAUGUCCCCGAAACUCCAGCCUUUGAUGAAUUAAUUCAUUCUGAGGUCCAAGAAUCAAAAGAUAAUGAUGCCAAUGACUAUGGUGGCCAAAGGAAGCUCAAUUCUAGUCUUAACAACUGCGAAACGGAUGAGACGUGCAUUAGAAAUGGAAUGAAGGAAAAAAGUGCUCUUCAGUUUUCAGAAGGCCUUGUUGAGUCCAAGACAUUUAAGGGUAACAACAAAAGUUUAAGUCAGGAUUCCCCCUCCUCAGACGACAUUCCACUUCUUUCAGCGCCCCCUGAUGUCAGGAACUGGUUCUCCAGCUAUGUGUAUGAAUCUCCAACAUUGGACACAAGUGAUGGAUUCAGCCUUUCCAAAUAUGAAGAAAGUGAAUCCGGUGUUGAAGAAUGUCCCGAGGGUAGCCAAAAGAAACUGCAGAACUUAAGUUCUACUGAAGCUGUGUUUUCCAUGGAUAGAAAUAUAAAGAAUGCCCAUGACCCUUCUUCUCCAAAGAAGAGGCAAUGCUCUGGUGGAAACAAUAACUUCUCAUCGCAAAUGGAGCCUCAGGGAAGCACCGAGAGAGAAAAGGAUGGGAAUGGCUCUGCAGAUAAUGGCUUCAUCUCAACAAGAAAGAUCAGAAGUAGGAAACCGGACGAUGAAAACCGGUCUUUCACGCCAAGAAAGGCAAUCGAUCACGAACCCAUCAUUGGAAAGGAUGCUAAAGCAAGAAGGGUUCUUUCUGAUAUAACCAACAGCAGCCAGCAGAAUCAACAAACUCCAGAUGCACCUCAGAUUGCUGGGAAAUGGCGGUGUCCCCAGAAGAGUAAGCCACAGUUAGGCCCUCCUUUAAAGCAGCUUCGGCUUGAGCAAUGGGUUAGAAGAUUAUGAGAAGUGAACUUGUUGCCUAAAUCUAUUUUUCUCACUUUCAUCAGUACCAUUUCUCCCAUGCCUGUUGGAACAGAGGAUAGAGCUGAAUGUGUUAAGUUCAUUGUGUUUUUUGUCCCUAUCAUACAAGGGAGAGAGAAAUAGUAAAAUGAACUACAAAGAAAUUAAUAAAUUAGAAUAAAAUUA